AGUAGCGCGCCUGUGCCUGCAGGGCUGGCGAGACAAAAGGGAGGGACCCGGGCAGCCCCGCCCCCGAGCCCCGCCCCGAGUGGCCCGCGCGGGGUGUCAGGCUCGCUAGCCCGGUGGUCCCCCCACCCCCGGACGCCAUGUACCCCACGAGCUCACCGGCCGGCCCGGCCCUGCACCCGGUCCCUCAUCGCGCUCGUCUUCCCCCGCCCCGGCGCCUUGCCGAGCCGCAGCGAUCGCCCGCUGCCGGCCAGGGUCCCACGGCGCGCCCGCCGCCCACCGCGCCCGGGCCGCGGCCCCGCGUGGCCGUAAAAAUGACUUUCCGCAAGGCCUACUCCAUCAAAGACAAGCUGCAGGCCAUCGAGCGCGUCAAGGGCGGUGAGCGGCAGGCCAGCGUGUGCCGCGACUUCGGCGUACCGGGCGGCACGCUGCGCGGCUGGCUCAAGGACGAGCCCAAGCUGCGCUGGUUUCUGGACCAGCUUGGUGGAGAGGUGGGCACGCAGCGCAAGAAGAUGCGCCUGGCCAACGAGGAGGAGAUCGACCGCGCCGUCUACUCGUGGUUCCUCACCUUGCGCCAGCACGGCGUGCCGCUGUCCGGUCCGGUCAUCCAAGCUCAGGCUGAGGCCUUUGCUCGCCAGAUCUAUGGCCCCGAGUGUACCUUCAAGGCUAGCCAUGGCUGGUUCUGGCGCUGGCAGAAGCGCCAUGGCAUCUCCAGCCAGCGCAUCUAUGGCGAGGCUGAACCCCCGGCCGCAGGCCCUGCGCCUGUCAAGGAGGAGCCUGCACAGCCACCCGGCGCAGUUCUACCUGACCGUGCGCUGGCCACUCUACCCCACUCCGAGGGCGGCUAUGGUGACGAACAGAUCUACAACGCCAACGUUACUGGUCUCUACUGGAGGUUACUUCCGGAGCAGGCCGCAACUCCGGGCACUGGGAACGCCAGCGGGCCUGGUGGGUGCAGCCGGCGCUGGCCGGGAGACCGAGUGACAGUACUGUUGGCCGCCAACCUGACGGGCAGCCACAAGUUAAAACCGCUAGUUAUCGGGCAGCUACCAGACCCACCCAGCUUGCGUCACCACAACCAGGACAAGUUCCCAGCUUCCUACCGCUACAGUCCGGAUGCCUGGCUCAGUCGUCCUCUUCUUCGGGGCUGGUUCUUUGAGGAAUUUGUCCCUGGCGUCAAGCGCUACCUGCGCCGAAGCUGCCUGCAACAGAAGGCUGUGUUGCUGGUGGCCCAUCCACCCUGUCCAAGCUGGGCCACUAGGAUGCCGGCCCUGGAAGAGAGCGGGGAGACUCCCAGGCAGUGCCAGCCUGAGCUCCUUGGGUCCCCGGAGGAGUUGCAGACACCUGAUGGUGCCGUUCGAGUGCUCUUCUUGUCCAAGGGCAGCAGCCAGGCUCACAUCCCCGCACCGUUGGAACAUGGUGUGGUGGCAGCCUUCAAACAUUUGUACAAGCGAGAGCUGCUGAGGCUUGCUGUGUCUUGUGCCAGCGGCUCCCCGCUGGACUUCAUGAGAAGCUUCAUGCUCAAGGACAUGCUAUACCUGGCUGGCCUCUCUUGGGACCUGGUCCAGGCAGGCAGCAUAGAGCGCUGCUGGCUGCUGGGUCUUCGGGCGGCCUUUGAGCCUGGGCAGCAGUCAUCCCACCAGGUCGAGGAGGCCGCUGAACACAGCAGGGUGCUCAGUGACCUCACACAUCUGGCAGCUCUGGCUUACAAGCGCCUGGCACCUGAAGAGGUGGCCCAGUGGCUGCACCUGGACGAUGAUGGAGGUCUCCCUGAGGGCUGCGGAGAGGAGGUGGUCCCCGCGGCCCCUCCAUCCCCAGCCAGCCUGCCGUCUAGCAUGGGGGCUGGAGAGGAGGAGGAGGAAGAGGCCACUGAGCAAGGAGGAAUGUUGGUACCUACAGCCGGGGAAGCUGUUUGGGGUCUAGAGACAGCCCUGAGGUGGCUGGAGAGCCAGGAUCCUAGAGAAGUGGGGCCCCUGAGGCUAGUGCAGCUACGUUCCCUCAUUACCAUGGCACGGAGGCUUGGGGGCCUUGGGCCCUCACCAGCAGCGUCUCGUGAUGGCGUGUGACGACUGUGGCCCACUGGUCUUAUUUUCCUGCUGCACUGGGAGAGAGGGGGCAUACACAGUCUGCCACCUUCCACCUUUUCUCCCUGGUAUAGUCCACUGUAGAGGUCCAGGGGUGCAAGCCCAGCACAGCUUGGAGGAGUUCUGUUGGUAAAGGAUGCCCUGCCCCGUGAUCCACAGCGUCUUGGGGAAAUAGCUUAAAGAAGCCGGGUAGGCACAUGUGGGCCCAUAAGCACAAGCACCUCCUGGAGAACAGUUGACUGGACCUCCAUUCUGGCCCCUGUGGGGCUCACCCUUACCCCCAUGAGCACUGGAUGAGGCUGCUGCUUCUGUUUCAUUGCCUCCCUGGUGCUACCUGUUCUCAUCUCAGUGGGAAAGCACUUGGUUUUGUUUUAAAAACAAAAAACACAUUAAACCUGUUUUUAAAGAUGCUCUUCACAGAGAAGCAUGAGUGCUGGCUGGCCGAGUGAGGUGGUCUCUGGGCUCUCUUGCUCUGAUAACUGAAGGCCCUGGUGAUGUGGGUCAGAGCCCAAGCUAGGCCCCCAUCCCUUGGCUGGGGUGGUGUGCUCACAAGAGACUGGGAAGCUGGGAAAUGGAAGCCCAGUACUUGGUGAGGUUUUGGAUGCAGCAGAGUAUAGUAGAUUCCAAUGGCAGGACAAACCACAAACCACUUUGUCUACUUCUGGGGCUAUCUGAUCUACCUGGAAACAGGCUAUAUAGCCUUUGCAACCAUCUGGGAACUCUGCAGUGCCUUAGAGUCAACUCCUACCCUCCCCCUAGACACAUCCACCUCCUGGUAUUGCCAAGGGUGUCGCCGAGGAACUAUUGCUGGGUGGCCCAGGUUGAAGGAGCAAAGGCUCAGGGGAAUGUCCAGCUUCUGAAUCACUCUGCGGCUCUGUCCAGCUGUGGAUUCAGAUUGCUCCUGGUGGUCUAGAGCUGAGGCCCCUGUGCCUUAAGGAAGGGCAAUGCUGCCUUUGCAGAAGUACUGUCCUGAGCCCCUGUCCUUGUACUCUCCCCUGAUUCAUGUCUCUCCUCAUAGUCUGAGCCUUGAAAACAUGAAGUAGGGAAGGGCUCGGGAUGCAAGAGUUUGGCAAUGGAUGGAGCCUUGGAUGAGGUCUCCAAAAGUGGUCUCCAUGUAAGUCCAAGAAUAUAGUUGCUUGGAACCACACUGCACCCCAGUCAAAAAUCUACACAAAUAUUAAGAACUGAGGGACAACAUGGAACAGGAGAACGGAGGCUCAGGUAGCAGACACUGGAGCCCAUCUGGUCACCUAUGUCCCUGGCCUCCGCAAGCCUAAAGACCUAGAGAACCUUGGGCAGUCAUGGUUGGUAGAGAGUCUCCAGCACUAGCAACUUGGGUGGGGGUUCAGAAGCCUAAUGUAUUUAUAUCAGCAGCUUCCAUAUCAGCCAGGCACCCAGGCUAGGAGCUGCCAUCAGGCUUUCAUAGACCUACUUCCAGGUCUGCAGAAAGGCAGACCUGCCUGGGCCUUGGAUUUACAUCCAGCCUGGAAAGCCUCUAGUAGCCGCUCCAGCCUAGGCUACCUGUACUAUUCUUUUGGAGAGGUUUCCAUCCGUUUCUGUCUUUGUCCUUUCUAUUGUAUUUCCUCCUUUGGCCUGGGCCCAGAUGGACUAGAGUUGACAAAGACUAGGAGGGCUCAGGAGUGAGACCUCUCACCGGCCUCUCUAACUGUCCAAGCCCCCUUCACCUAGGGACACAAGGUCCAGGAGGUUUCCAUGGCCCCAUAUUGCUGCUGCCCUAUAAACAAGGGUGGGCUGACUGGGUCACACAGCGUUCCUGCCAGGUUUGUGUCUGUACACUACCAUUCACUGGGCUAGGGAGACAGACGCCCCUGAGAAGGUGCCAAGGUAUCAUCUCAGGCUAGGGAUGCUAUGGUGCUUGCUAGGAUGCCCGAGACCCUGAGUUCAAACAGCAGCACUAUUUUUUAAAAGUGUAUUUCUUUUCUUUUUUUUUAGGCUGGCAUAUGCUGGUGUUCUUUACAUGCCAUAGGUGCUGGUGGCCGAGCCCUGGUUGUGGAGGGGGCUGCUUUGCCCAGGUGCCCAUAUGUCCCAGCAAUAGGUCCUAUAUCUCAGGGGCUUGCAGUACUGCAUAUCCAGUUGCACAGCGGCCUUAGCCCCAGUGGCAGCUGGGCCUAAGAUGCGCAGUUGCCUCACCUUUAGUGUCUGAUGGGGCUCCCUAGGGGCUCAUGGGCCCCUCAAGAGAGCCUUCUGCUCUCACUGUGUACCUACCUGGGUUGCACUGCUGUUCCCUACGGGCACCGAGUUGCAUGAACUAGAAAGGAAGGUGAAACUGCAGCCCCUUUCUCCAGCAGCCAUUGCUACCUGCUACGUAAAAGGCAUCGUGCGGGAAUCCUGGAUCUCUUGCCCCAGAGGGAAUCCUGGAUCUCUUGCCCCAGAGGCCUGCCUGUUCCCCGCAAAGUAGAGUGAUCCUUUGGCCUGGGAAGUAUAGGCAGCCUUUUCGGGUAGGUGGUCCUGCCUUGGAUUCAUAAACGCAGUGUCUGGAGCAGACACCCAGCACAGAAAGGUGGGUGUGAGUUCUGUUGGAGCCACCACCACCACCGCCUUUGGGGGUUGCGAGCUUGCCGUGGUCACAGGCAGCCUUGUCCCCAAGGUCCAUGUACUUGGAAAAUGAGAGCAGCUGAGCUACAGGUGAACAAAAUGGUGUGACCGGAGGGGCAUAAAUCAAGCUAGAAGGUUGGUCCUCUGAGGAUGAGCCCUUGACACUACCUAGUUAGGUACCUAGUUAGGACUGACUAUGGGAAGCCCAGCUGGGACCUGGUACAGUCCAGCCUCUUCCAAAUGGGCUCACAAGAGCAUCUUGACCCAUCAGCUGCCCUCAAUAGGAUCUUGGGCUUGUGAAUUUCGUAACUUAUUGUAGGGCCCUUUUUCUGACACUCACCCUUGCUAAGUUCACCUGGCCAGAUGGUAUAAUGGCACUUGUGUAAUAAAGGUGAAACUAGUCAACGUCAUCA